AUGAUUUCAGCAGCAGACAGACCCAAAAAUGUUUUGAUUACGGGAUGUAGUGCCGGUGGUGCUGGGUCUGCAUUGGCAGAGGAAUUUAAUCAACGUGGCUUGCACGUUUUCGCAACAGCUCGUUCAUUAUCGAAGAUGUCGCAUCUGGCGAAGCGACCAAUGAUUACACUCUUGGAACUUGAUGUAACAUCUACUUCCAGCAUCGCUGCUGCUGUAGCAGCUGUGUCUACGACCACAGGUGGAAAGCUGGACUAUCUGGUCAACAACUCGGGACAAGCCUGUGUGCGGCCUGCCUUGGAUACAGAGCUGGAGUAUGCAAGAGGACUGUUCGACGUCAACUUUUGGGGCUCUGUCAACACUAUUCACGCAUUCUCGCCGCUAAUAAUUGCAUCUGGGGGUACCAUUGUCAAUGUCUGUUCCAUUGCUGCAGUUUUGAGCGUACCAUGGGGUUCUUUUUAUAAUGCCUCUAAAGCCGCGAUAAAAUCAUAUGGCGAGGCUCUGCGUCUGGAAAUGGCACCACUGGGUGUGAAUGUCAUGACAAUAAUGACGGGAAUAAUAGGAACGAAUAUAUUUGCCAAUCAUCCUGUUAACAAGCUGCCCGAAGGUUCCUUGUGGGAGGCAGCUUCUGAGGAUAUCAUGAAAAAUGCAUCAGGGGAGGGACUACUGGAUACUAGCAUGCCUCCUGGUUUAUUCGCCGAGAGAGUUGUAGAUGAUGUUCUCGGUGGUGUUAAUGGUUUAACCUGGCGAGGGAAGAUGAGUUCCAUUGCAUGGUUCCUUUCCACAUUUUUGCCAACUUGGUUACUAAGCGGUGCUGAUCGUAUUGUCUAG